GGACUCCUUUCCCCCUCUCCAGCGUCCCUGCAUCGCCAGUCUGCUUCUGUUGUCUCGGCGGAUUGUUGGUCUUGGGGAGAAAAGAUAUCGCGAGUGUUGGAGUUUUGGUGAGAGUUUGUGGAAGAUGGCGCCUGUUGUGACAGGGACAAUGAUCCAAAACACACCUCCAGGUUGUGUAAGGGCUAUUUAACCAAGAAGGAGAGUGAUGGAGUGCUGCAUCAGAUGACCUGGCCUCCACAACCACCUGACCUCAACCCAAUUGAGAUGGUUUGGGAUGAGUUGGACCGCAGAGUGAAGGAAAAGCAGCCAACAAGUCCUCAGCAUAUGUGGGAAAUCCUUCAAGACUCUUGGAAAAUAUUCCAGGAAGUUUGGGGAGCGCCCUCAACCACAGCGCCUAACAAGAGAAGCGAUGAGGAAUUACCUGAAGGAGCGAGGAGACCAAACUGUCCUGAUCCUGCAUGCAAAGGUUGCCCAGAAAUCUUAUGGCAAUGAAAAAAGGUUCUUCUGUCCACCCCCAUGUGUCUACCUGAUGGGCUCUGGCUGGAAGAAGAAGAGAGAGGAGAUGGAGAGAGAGGGCUGUUCAGAGCAGGAGGCUCAACCCUGUGCCUUUAUAGGGAUAGGAAACAGUGACCAGGAGAUGCAACAGCUCAACAUCGAGGGAAAGAACUAUUGCACAGCCAAAACCUUGUACAUAUCAGACUCCGACAAGAGAAAGCACUUCAUGCUGUCGGUCAAGAUGUUCUACGGCAACAGCGCCGACAUCGGCGUCUUCCUUAGUAAGAGGAUAAAAGUCAUCUCCAAGCCCUCCAAGAAGAAACAGUCCCUGAAGAACGCAGACCUGUGUAUUGCAUCGGGGACCAAGGUGGCCCUGUUCAACCGGUUGCGGUCCCAGACGGUCAGCACGCGCUACCUACAUGUGGAGGGGGGGAACUUCCACGCCAGCUCCCAGCAAUGGGGUGCCUUCUACGUUCACCUGUUGGAUGACGAGGAGUCUGAAGGAGAGGAGUUCACUGUGAGAGAUGGCUACAUCCACUAUGGACAGACGGUCAAACUGGUCUGCUCUGUCACCGGGAUGGCCCUGCCACGCCUGAUCAUCCGUAAGGUGGACAAGCAGACGGCCUUGUUGGAUGCAGACGACCCCGUCUCCCAGCUGCACAAGUGUUCAUUCUACCUGAAGGACACAGAGCGGAUGUACCUGUGCCUUUCCCAAGAGAGGAUCAUACAGUUUCAAGCCACUCCAUGCCCAAAGGAGCCAAACAAAGAGAUGAUCAACGACGGAGCGUCCUGGACAAUCAUCAGCACAGACAAGGCUGAGUACACCUUCUACGAGGGCAUGGGCCCCGUCCACUCGCCUGUCACCCCCGUGCCUGGAGUCGAGAGCUUACAGCUAAACGGGGGUGGGGAUGUGGCCAUGCUGGAGCUGACGGGACAGAACUUCACCUCAAACCUGAGGGUCUGGUUCGGAGACGUGGAGGCAGAGACCAUGUACAGGUGUGCGGAGAGCAUGCUGUGCGUGGUUCCCGACAUCUCUGCCUUCCGCGAGGGCUGGCGCUGGGUACGUCAGCCGGUGCAGGUUCCGGUCACGCUGGUGCGAAACGACGGCAUCAUCUACUCCACCACGCUCACCUUUACCUACACGCCGGAGCCUGGGCCGCGGCCACACUGCAACGCCGCCGGAGCCAUCCUACGGGCGGGCAGCGACCGCCUUUUAACGGCUAGCAGCAACAGCGCUAACAACAGCGACGCUAACAACAGCUACGGCCCCAACAACGCAGGAGUCACAUCCUCUUCCACGGUUGCAGCCGUGGUGUCCUAACACAAACACACACACACACACUUAUAUACACACACAAUAUGCCUCGAGAGCAAAAUGUACCACAUGGUAAAAAGACUAUGAAGUAAACUGACUCUCUAAAAGUGCUGCAUAUUGAUUUGGGAUUUUAAAAGAAGCUGAAAUUGAAAAUUGAUCGGACGGUAAAAGGAGGAAUUCAAAGAUAGUUCCUAUGUUAAAAGUUGUCAACCAGCGGAAAUAAGAGAAACUGUGAACUCCUCGCCGCUGCCCUCUUGUGGUUCGUAAGGGACAUGCCUGUCGGUUUAUGGUGUUGGAGCUGUGUAAUAGGGAGUUCCUAUUGGCUCAGCGCGCCAGUGUCUUGAACGGAGACAACAACUAUACAUCCACCACAUGUAUAGUACGUUAACGAAAAGGUUGAUUUUGUGCGCUUCCCCCUCCCCCCGCCCCCCCUCUGUUCAUUUUUCCCCCUCUUUUUUUUUGUCUCGUUAGUCGUCUAUGUUACUGUAAAGGGAGGAAAUGUAUUGUUUUUGGAGGGAGAGCGAGGAGUGGACAUAGUGGGGACACGUAAAAAUGUCAUGACGUUGCCAUCGUUUUUGUGGACCAAGGAUCUUGCAUAAGCUUCAGUAAAGGUACAUUUUCACCUGUUUUGUAUGAAACCGUAUAGUACACUUUUGUUACCAAAUAGUUUCUAUUCUCUUCCUCCGAGCUUUGGGCUUUUUUUAUGUUGUCCAAAUCCCGACCUGGCAUGUGUAUUAUAGCUACCUUUACUUCUUGUCUCCAUCAAAUGCCUGCUUCUUUCGGUCUUUUUGACGGAACGUUGAAUUUUUGAUACUUUGCUAGUCUUGGGAUUUCUUUUAUUUUUUAUUUUUUACCUAACCAAUGGUUUGUUUGUGUUAGGGAGUAACCUCAGCGGGCCUAAUUUUUGUAUUUUCAUUGUUUUUUUUUUAUGAAGUCUUUAAAAAGAAAAGCUUUAAGCAACGCCUCUGCCUUGCCUGCAAUACUCUGUUCGCUACAAGCUACGUUUCCUUUGGAAAGUACAUGUCUGUACAUUACACAUGGAGCUAUGGUGACGUGAAUUCUUCCAUUUUAUUUCAAAUGUUUAAAAAAAAAAACUAAAAACUGGACUUCCAGUUACAAAAUAGUUUGUCAUUUUCACAUUUAUUGAGUCUAGUCGUUAAAAUGAAAUGGUAGCCUUAGUACAGUAGUAUUAUUACAGUCAACUAAAAUCAUGUCACAUAUCCAAAGUUGAUAUCAUGUUGCUGUAGAAGUGUCCAGCGACGUCUUCAAAUCUGUCAGUAUAUUGUGUUUCCAGGCCUUGGUGUCCUCCUGUGUAUAGUUCUGGUGGCAUUUAAAACUUUCGUUGGUUUUUAGAAAACUGAAAAGACAGACACUUCCAAUUUGAUGUGGCCUUUACCGCUCACUUAAAUGUCAAAGAGUAACAUUACUCUUCCAACGACCUACCCUUUUCAUUUACGUAACUAGAACGAAUCUGUAUGGGGGGGGGCAGUCGAGUCUUAUCUCUGCUCAUUACUAGGUUGAAGAUGACAAAGGGGAUUCUAAUAUCCCAUAACUAUUUUCAACAAUGGGACCCGCUAUGCUAGUUAGCAACGGCGCUAGUCCAAUUAAGUUGUUUGUUUUCUAACGCUGCCCAAUGGAAUUAUUACGUUGUCCUAACCUGUAAUAUUUUUCACCUGGGCUCGUUACAGGAAGUUGUUUCAUUGGACAACAUAGCAUUAUGGGUUAUCUUUGUGUCACUGCUUCAAAAACACACUGUCAGACAUACGACCAGCGUUCUGGGAGAUUUGUUGUUAAAACAAACUCUGUUCAGUGUAAAAGUACAACACUUACAGCACCAGUCAAAAGUUUGGACACACCUACUCAUUCAAGGGUUUUUCUUAAAGUUUUCUACAUUGUAGAAUAAUAGUGAAGACAUCAAAACUAUGAAAUAACACAUGGAAUCAUGUAGUAACCAAAACAGUAUUUUAUAUUUGAGAUUCUUCAAAUAGCCACCCUUUGCCUUGAUGACAGCUUUGGACACUCUUGGCAUUCUCUCAACCAGCUUCAUGAGGAAUGCUUUUCCAACAGUCUUGAAGGAGUUCCCACAUUGGCUGCUUUUUCUCCACUCUGCGGUCCAACUCAUCCCAAACCAUCUCAAUUGGUGUGAGUUAGGGUGGUUGUGGAGGCCAGGUCAUCUGAUGCAGCACUCCAUAACUCUCCUUCUUGGGUCAAAUAGCCGUUACACAGCCUGGAGGUGUGUUGGGUCAUUGUCCAGUUGAAAAACAAAUCAUAGUCCCACUAAGCGCAGACCAGAUGGGAUGGCAUAUCGCAGCAGAGAUAAUCCGUUCACCUACUCUACGUCUCACAAAGACACGGCGGUUGGAACCAAAUAUCUCAAAUUUGAACUCCAGACCAAGGAACAGAUUUCCACCAGUCUAAUAUCCAUUGCUUGUGUUUCUCGGCCCAAGCAAGUCUCUUCUUCUUAUUGGUGUCCUUUUAGUGGUGGUUUCCUUGCAACAAUUCGACCAUGAAGGCCUGAUUCACGCAGUCUCCUCUGAACAGUUGAUGUUGAGAUGUGUCUGUUACUUGAACUCUGAGGUGCAAUCUGAGGUGCAGUUAAUUGCUGGUUUCUGAGGCUGGUAACUCUAAUGAACUUCACCUCUGCAGCAGAGGUAACUCUGGGUUUUCUUUUCCUGUGGCGGUCCUGUUUGAUGGAUUUUGCGACUUUCAAAGUUAUUUAAAUUGUCUGCGUUGACUGACCUUCAUAUCUUAAAGUAAUGAUGGUCUUUUACCAAAUAGGUCUGUCUUCUGUAUACCACCCCUACCUUGUCACUACACAACUGAUUGGCUCAAAUGCAUUCAAAGGGAAAGAAAUUCCACAAAUGAACUUUUAAGAAGGCACACCUGUUAAUUGAAAUGCAUUCCAGGUGACUACCUCAUGAAGCUGGUUGAACUUUUUGGUUACUACAUGUGUUUUUUUCAUCGUUUUGAUGUCUUCACAAUUAUUCUACAAUGUAUAAAAUAGUAAAAAAAAAAAAAUGAAAACCUUGAAUGAGUAGGUGUUAUAAAAUUUUUGACCGAUACUGUAUAUGUCUACUUCAUCACAGCACUCGUGCUUUCUCCGUUUUAGAGACAUUGUCUUGCAAGCACUGUGACUCAUUUAAAAGCCUUUUAACAAUUACGUCACUGUCUGGAAGUAGCCAAACCCAGCCAAUUGUACUUAUGGUGAUGGAGUCUUCUGUUAACAGGAACAAGGCCUUCUAGAUGUAGGCUGUAUCAUUGAAGAUGUAUAUUUAGAGAAACGUACAGCAAUAUUAUACAGGUCGUGUCUCUUGAGGUUUGCCUGACCACCUACUUCACCAGCUUGUUUGUGUGUGUGUGUGUGUGUGCUCACGAUCUGCUGUAUAGUCUGUAACAACGGAUCGGUGAGCGAAACUCGUUCCGUUUCAACGUGUGUUUGUGCGUGUGUGUACACUGUUCAUGUUCAAAAACAAUCCAUGUUCUUGUAAAGAUGGACUGGUUGGUUGGCCAGGUUGGUUGGCCAGGUUGGUUGGUUGGCCAGGUUGGUUGGUUGGUUGGCCAGGUUGGUUGGCCAGGUUGGUUGGUUGGUUGGUUGGCCAGGUUGGUUGGUUGGCCAGGUUGGUUGGUUGGCCAGGUUGGUUGGCCAUCUUCUGAUUUUGAUCCAAACAUAAAACAAGUGAUUAUUUCUCUGGCACAAUAAUAUGUGGCUGAAGAAGACGAUCAACGCCAUUAGUUUGAUCCCAGUGUGUUACAGUGGGACGAUAUGCUCUUCCAGGAAGAACUAUGAUGCUGAAGCUUGAAUAUGUUUUUAAUGAACAAGUAUUACAGGCCUCUCUCAUCAUGUACCCGUUUAACAGUCAAAUCCAUGUAAUAAAAGGGGACAAAAAAAGUGCUAAGUUUCCUCUAAAAAUACAAACGUACCAGAUGGGAUGCUUCUGCCCCCCCCAACCACCACCUACCUGUUUCUUCAGCCAUUGAUGUUAAUGUAAACAGUGUAAUAUUGAUGAUAUCUUUUUUUAUUAUUGUAUAAAGUUUCCCCGUUUGUUUUAUUUUAUGUUAAAGAAAUAAGGUCAUUACUGCCUUUGCUGCCUACUUAGGCGCCGGGAGUCGAUUUACAAAAGGUCAGUUGCUGUCGGUCCAGCAAACAGUUGUUUUAUGUUUUUAAUUCAUUCAAGAAAUGGGUGCGAUCAACCUGAAUUGAAUAGUUUGCAGCAUGGAACCAACAUGAGCUUUGUCACCUAUCACCUUACUAUGGAAUUACACAACAACGAGAAAAGCUACUGGCCUUUUCCCAAACCCUUCACUCUAUUGUCAUGUCAAUAAGGUGGUCGCUGAAUCUUUUUGGGUUUGCUCUGUGUUUUCAGGAUGUCAGCUGAGAGAAGUGAGUUGGGGAAACGCCUAAUGCCUGAAUCAUUCUCCAGUCAGCUGUCUUUCUGUUAUGGGGUGUUUGUUUUUGGAUUCUAAUAUCCCAUAACUCUUUUCAACAAUGGGACCAGCUAUGCUAGUUAGCAACGGCACUAGUCCAACUAAGUUGUUUGUUUUCACGGUCAAGAAAAGCAUCAGUUCUCACGUUUUACUCAACAAGGAAAAGGCAGUUCUCUCUUACAGGGGUGGAAUGUUGUUACAUGCCUUUUUAUAAUCUGGACAAACGAUUAACCUGGUAAAAUACUCUCUUAACCUUGUGUGAAGCUUUUUGCAAAUACUGUGUACAUACUGUACUUGCAAGCGGUUUUAAUUUUGUCAGUCAUAUUGUUUGUUUUCUUCCAUAAGCAGCUGUUUUUUU